AUUCUGUGCAGGAGUUACGAUACUGUCAUAAAGUUUCGGAAGCAUUAGCAUUUCUGUAACUAAAAGAAUGGCUCUGGCGUCUUCUUCAUCCCUUAUCACGUCGAAGGUGAAACCUUGCCUUUUGGGGCCUCCUCGGAGAUCCCCGCUGGUUAGGAAUUGUGCCAAAUCAACGGAGGCUUCGAAGUCAACGGUGGCGCGAAUAUCGACGAGUUGGAACGUUGAUAGUUGGAGGGAGAAGAAGGCCCUGCAGCUUCCGGAGUACCCAGAUGGCAAUGAAUUGGAUCAAGUUCUGGAAACCCUCUCUUCUUUUCCCCCUAUUGUCUUCGCCGGCGAGGCCAGGAAUCUGGAGGAGAAACUCGCUCAGGCUGCCAUGGGCAACGCUUUCCUCCUUCAGGGCGGUGAUUGCGCUGAGAGCUUCAAGGAAUUCAAUGCCAACAACAUCCGUGACACCUUCCGUGUCAUCCUUCAAAUGGGUGUCGUCCUCAUGUUCGGUGGCCAAAUGCCUGUCAUCAAGGUUGGGAGGAUGGCAGGUCAAUUUGCAAAGCCGAGAUCAGAUCCAUUUGAGGAGAAAAACGGAGUGAAGCUUCCUAGUUACAGGGGUGACAAUGUGAAUGGUGAUGCAUUUGAUGCGGCAUCUAGAGUCCCUGACCCGCAGAGGAUGAUAAGAGCCUACUGCCAAUCUGUGGCUACUCUGAACCUCCUGCGGGCGUUUGCGACAGGAGGUUAUGCUGCCAUGCAAAGGGUUAACCAAUGGAAUCUUGAUUUCAUGGAGCAUAGUGAACAGGGAGACAGGUACCGUGAAUUGGCUCAUCGGGUGGACGAGGCUCUUGGCUUCAUGAAUGUUGCUGGGCUCACAUCCGAGCAUCCAAUUAUGAGUACAACAGACUUUUGGACUUCCCAUGAGUGUUUGCUUCUCCCAUAUGAGCAAGCACUUACUAGGGAGGAUUCUACUACUGGGCUUCAUUAUGAUUGCUCAGCUCACAUGCUAUGGGUCGGGGAACGUACCCGCCAACUUGAUGGUGCUCAUGUUGAAUUCUUGAGAGGAGUUGCUAAUCCACUUGGCAUCAAGGUGAGUGAUAAGAUGGUUCCAGAUGAACUUGUUAAGCUGAUAGAUAUUCUGAACCCUAAAAACAAGCCUGGAAGAAUCACAGUAAUUGUUAGAAUGGGAGCUGAGAAUAUGCGAGUGAAGCUUCCACAUCUUAUCAGGGCAGUUCGCAGAGCGGGUCAAAUUGUCACUUGGGUUAGCGACCCCAUGCAUGGAAACACCAUUAAAGCUCCAUCUGGACUUAAAACCCGCUCUUUUGAUGCUAUAAGGGCUGAGUUGAGGGCAUUCUUUGAUGUACAUGACCAAGAAGGAAGCUACCCAGGAGGGGUUCAUUUAGAGAUGACAGGGCAGAAUGUGACAGAAUGUGUUGGGGGCUCACGGACUAUUACCUAUGAUGACUUGAGCUCUCGCUAUCACACUCAUUGUGAUCCAAGGCUUAAUGCUUCUCAAUCUCUGGAGCUUGCAUUUAAUAUUGCAGACAGGUUGCGCAAGAGAAGGCUCAAUUCAAUUAGAACUUAGACAAGAGGGGUCUUCCUUUGCUCCUGGACUGGAUCACAAAUACUGCCCAACCACCAUAUUUCUAAUUUUGCUGCAGACCGUGAACAAAUACUGCUGGAAGCCACUCCACCUUGUGUCAUAAGAACUUAGAAGUUGGCUGACACAAUUAAUACUUGUGCAGUGUUAUAUACGAGUGUUGCAACAUAGUUUAAACACGGUGUGCCUCUGGUUGUACUUGCAAGUUUGCAUUUUAAGUUUGGAGAUAGUAUGUGUAUUUAUGUUUGAGUAAUAAAUAAAUAUUCUAAGUACCUCUUAUAUCAUAAUGCAUUAGAGUGAAAUUUCUCCCA